CACAAAUGACAUUCUAAUGUACGUAUUUGAACUGUGUAAAGGAAGAGUUCUCAUGUAUAGCAUGAGGUUCCACAAUUCAUACAAAAACCAAGCAUACCAACACAAGACCACUCACAACAACCAAUGGCCACACAUCCCGCCAUUCCAAAACACAACCAAUCACAAACAACAUUCAACACACACUUUUUUUAUGCUACAUCUGAUAUCAAACUGUUUAAGCACAAGAGUGAAGGAGGUAAACAAACAUGUAAGUGCCUCAAUAGCUUGACUGCCAAGAAACACUUUUUAAGAGCAUAAACAACAUUUUGUGGCAACUCACUUUUCUUAUUUUCCCUUGUUAUUACUUUCUUUUUUCACUUCUUUUUCUUCAUUUUCUCUUUCUUUCUAUUUUUUUCUUGAGCACUAUAAGAGAGCUAGAUAAGACAUGCCACAUUCUUUGAACUUUGAAAACAUUGCUCACUUUAAAAACUACCUCCAACACUCACUUUCACAUUUAGCAGAAACCAGACAUUUAAAACACUUGCCCUAUACUACACCCUACUAGAGUUUGCACUUGGGUGUUAGUCGGGAUUUAAUUAUGUAGUUAGGAAUGAGUCACGCCUCAACUUUAGAUAAUUGAAAUUAUGAAGUCUCUUGGAGUUGCAGUUGUUGGUUAAUUUUAUUUAGUGCUUUAUAAUAACCAAAUUCGUGCUCCAAGAAAAUAAAGUUCCUGAAGUAUGGGCGACUGACUAAAAAUUGACACUUUUGUGCUUUGGUGCGGGAUCACAGGCCUUGAGGUCACGAAUUAGGUGAUUUAAGGGAGAAUCAUAUGCUAGUAUGAGCAUUGCACCUGUAAGCUUAUGCUAUGGAGAUAGUGAUACUUGACCAACGACAUCACGUCUUAACACAAAUAUGGAGUCAAAUUUCACAAUGUCAGCCAUAAUGCGAUGGAAUAACCUUGGCUACAUCUGAUAGUGCCUUCUAAGUAUGCAAGCAUUGUAUACUAGAUUUUGAUUGAUCUGAGUUCGGCUUGUAGUUUGAUGGCGACUUGAUGAACCUUAAGCCAGGCUCCGACCGAUUAAACUCAAACGUAGGUGGCAGUACCUAUUGUACUCUUCCAUUUCUUCGUCUCAUCCAAAAUAUGAGCUAUCUUAUAUACUAAUGAUGAAUGUGUUUUUUUUAGAAAUGGGGAGAAGUUUCAAAUAAGUUGAUGACAAAUGAAGAACUUACAUUUAUAAAGCCAUAUACUACACAAAAUGACAAAAACAGUCAUAAAGUAACGACUACAAAAAGGUCAUAUUUGGAGUGUUCUUAAAGUUAACCGUAGAAAAUUAACUACUAAUUUCAGGAUUUUUUUGUUUUGUAAUCUAAAAAAUUACAUCGAAUUUUUUGUCAAAAUUAAUAACGAACUAUAAAAAAAUUAAAGUCGAACCUAAAAACUAAAGGGAAAAUAAGUUUGGUAUAUUGAAAUAAAUUUUAAAAAAAGGAGGUGAGAAGCUAAUUCGGAAGCUUGUAGGGUUAGAGUAGAAAUGUGUUUUGGGAAGCUAAAAAUGCACUUUUGAGAGUUUUGGAAGUUUAAAACUGCUUUUUAAGGUUGGAGUUAGUCUAAGUGAUGGUUUUGUGAACGUUUUACCCUGGUUAACCACUAGUCUUAAAACUCCUACUAAUCAACAUGAUUGGUUUCAACAAUCAUGAGAUGAGAUUGAGUUUGAUAUGUUGGUUCAAAACCAUUUUUCGAUAUGUCAAUCAAUUUGUACGACAAGGACAUGUAAACGGGUGAAGAUGAACCUGAUUUUACAUUUUGAUUUUGUUGAUGCCAAGCUAAAAUAGCCGACCUCGUACGCUGUAGAGUCCGGAGAGCGUUGACCUUUUGAUUUUCCGUUGGAUUCCAGCUUUCGAGAUGAAUACCUGCAAAAGAGGACCCGCCGGUUGUGGUCGGCUGGGACCUUCUCCAAAGCUCAAGUCAGUACUUGGAAAUAACAGGGAGCGGUGUAUAGAACCGGGUCUAGGGAGAAAGAAAGAGAAAUUUUGGGGUUGGAAGUUGCCAAUUCGCCGAGAAGAAGUUCGUCGGGAAUUCCCCUUUUCCUAUCUCGUUCAGAGAAAAUGAGUUCCCUGGAAUUGAGAUGGAUCGCCGAGGAAGCAGAAAUGAACGACCUAUUUAUAGGCGCAUCCUGCUCCUGGCGGGGUGGCGUAUCCUUUAUCAAUAGUGAUUUAAAACAUCAAAUAACAAAUGAAAUUAACAACUUAAUUAAUGGUUUGAGAAACUUACCUGGGACGUGUAAGUGCAUGCAUAUGGCUAGCAAAUUAAAAUGCCAAAGCUUACCAUGCUUGCUUCCACGUGUAAGAAUAUGGGAUGGGCUUAGUAUGAAUUAUUAAAAGGGUUAGUGAUAAAAAAUGACACCUUUAGUCUUACUAGUUUCCACGUGUAAUUGGCUUGUUUAGGGUAAGUGGGAGACUAAGCUUAGUUCACAUACACGUGUAACAAGGCAAAAUAAGCAUGUUAAUUGUGUGCUUUAGGGUAAAUUCUCCAACUUCUUAAGUAAGUGAGAAACACACUUGGUUUUCUACUUGUCAAGGAGUAGUACAAGGUGGGAAGAUGAGCCAUAUUGCCCUUUCUCUUCCACGUAGCUUUAUAGGUUUGGUUAUGUGUGAUAAAAAGGUGAUGAGAUUUUACCAUAUAGCAUCCCUCUCUUACACGUGGAUUGAAUGGGGAUGAUGUUUACAGCUUAGUUGUGUGGGAGAGGGAAGUUGUGACUUGUGAGGGUUUAUCAGUUGCCCCCUUACUAAUAGGGAUGAGAGGGAUCCCUAUUAGUAACUCUACUCAUAUAAAUAGGGGAGAGCUUUCCCUUCACUAUUCAUUCCAUUUUACCUUUCCUUCCUCAUUCUGUUCCCUUUAUCAGAUUAUGCAAGUGACAGAGGUUGCUCUACCUUCACAAAAUCUCAUGCUCGUGAGACAUAUUGGGUGAAAAAUCAUUUAUCAAUCCAUAUCUAUCCUUCAGCCACCAAGUUGCUAGUUUUUCAUCCAUUGGUCAAGUGAAGUUCAUUCUCGUCACACAAUUCUGCACCCACCAUUACCAUUAUUAAUCAUAGGUAAUUCUUCCUUCCCACUAUCUACGUAAUGGCUGCCAAAUUUACAUGAAAUUUGUUUAUUUAUCAUGUUAAUAAUAUUUAUGUGUUAUUAUUUUUGUUCUUGGAGUUAGCAUGUCAAAAGAAAAGUCCCAUGCACCCGAACGCGAGGGAUUAUCUAAUCUACCAAUGCCUCUACGCUCAGUCCCAUGUUCGGAGCCAGUUCGUGGGAGGGGUGAACAACUAGUCCCUGGGGAAGGAUCGUUUGCCUCUAAUCGUCGAGACACACCAAUAUUCUCUAUCCGACCAUGGCAUGGUAUGUUUCAUUCCACAUCUCAUUUCUCAGAAUGGGCUAUGAUAGGUCCGGGUGGACGUUUUAAUCGUAAUGAGAGUUGGGUACAAAGUACUCUGUUGCAAUUUGAUAUGCCGCGCCACUGGGAGUACGCGGUCCCGACACGGUAUACUACCCCAGGCAAUCGUGGUGUGGGAUGGCAUGCUGUAUAUCGAGCAUCCCUCGAUUAUGGGCUUCGUUUACCAUUUCCGACGUGGCUAUGUGAUGUGAUGCGGAGAUCUCAUUUGACGUUAAGCACGGUGACACCGGGAUUUUGGACACUUGUUGCUGCUUUUCGUUUGGGUUGUCACAGGGCCGGUGUGUCACCCUCAGUAGAACUUUUUUAUGCAUGCUUCUACCUUCGUGGUGAAGCUACUGGAUGGUCUCUUCAUAGUAGAUCUAAUGCGCUUGGCCUCGUGACUCCAUAUGGUCGUGCAGACCGGGGUUGGGAACGUGAGUUUUUCUAUUUCUUUCCAGCUUCAGGUGAACUUUCAUCUGAGGGUGUUAUGAUCCCUACUGAAUGGAGGGAUAUCGAGUUGGAAGGACUUCACAGACAAGCAGUACGUGGAGAAUACGUAGUACAAAGAGAUCUAGCCGCCAAAGUAAAAAGGAUAUCAGAAGGAGGGCGGAUUAACGUUGAGACUCCUGAGGCUCGGGCUAUCCUCUUUUUCACGGUCUAUAAUGAUGCCUACUCGCAUUUUAGAGCAUGCAUGGAAAUUCAAGAGAAUUCCCUAUUUACUGCGAGAUUACCGCCGCCAGCCCCCCGUCCUCAAAGUGGUGUGGUGAUCCGUGAAAUUUCCGAGGAGCCCGAACCAGCAAUGACGACUUCGAUUGGUGGUCAAAACAAACGAGUGCGUCGCUCCUCUCCAUAUCGAGGCAAGAAUUAUGAUUCAAGAAGGAAAUUCGAGGCUAGUAGCUCGAGUCAUUCUGCCCGCGGGGGCGAGCACAGUCGUUUUCAGAAGGCGAGAGCAUAUCAUAACUCAGAGUCCCAUCGCCAAGGUGGUCAAGGCACCCCUGGUAGAGGAAGGACAGAUGUCCCACUUGUUAUGAACUACCAAACCUUGCGUGAUAUCGGGAAUCAAUUUCCUCCCCUUGAAGGCGAGGCUGCCGGUGUUUCCUUUGCGUUAUCGCAAAACCAGAUGAAUCAAUACGCCGCCGAGAUGGAGAGGCGCGUAGCAAGAGCAAGGGAAGAAGUUAUGACAGCUCAACAAAAUGUUGUACGCGUAGAGCAUGAUCUUCGUAAUCAAACUAGGAAAGUGGAAGAAGCAAAGGGUCGUGCUAACGAGGUUGAGGCACUCCUCCGCGAAGUUCGAAAUCGCCAAAUGAUCACUUCAGAGAGGCUACAAGAAUUGGAAGCCUCAGGAGCAGCAUUGCUACAGGAGAUGACGAGACUCAAGGAGGAUCAUGCUGCUGAGCAUGAAGUUCUUAUGGCAGAGCGUGAUGAAGCUCGUGCAGAGACAGUACGACUGCAACAUCAAGUGCAACAGUCGGUGGGGGAAACCUCAGGAGGCGCCAUGCUCUUAGUGGGUUCACGUGACAUAUUUCCAGAGGCUGAGUCUGACGAGGCACGUGUCCCAAGAGAGGCGGAUACCAGAAUUGAAGGAGUUCCAUCCGAGGAGGUGGUGAUGCAUCGUGAUAACCUGGAGAUUGAGCCUUUCAUUUCAACCCCGAUAUUUGAUACGGCUUCUGCGGAUCAAUCAUUUAUUGCUGCUAUGGAUAGCCCGAUCCCGUCAGAGCUGGCGAUGUCUGCUGAGAACGCCUGGGUGAAUGAAAUACUUGGCUUCGGUCCUCCUAUGUGAGAUAGUGUAGCUUGCGGUGGUAGCAAACUUUUCUCUGUACAGGUAGUAUCUUGCUCCGCAAAGAUAUUCGGAUAUAUUACCUAUGUGUGCCAUGUUUAUGUAGCAGCAUAUCUUGCCUAUGUACAUUAGUAGUUCGUCAUAGAUAUGUAACCGUGCAUUUUGCGUUGUA